AUGGCAAUGGACGUACUUGACAUGCUCACCGUUCUGCCUGUCGACCAAAUUGAGGGGCCCGGUAUCCGCUGGGUGAAGCGCCAAUUCAAGGAACGCUGUAGGGAAAAUGGAGUUGCAUAUAUCCGCUCUAGGCGUGCUCGUGGAGAACAACGCGAGACUAUUCGACUGCCUGGAGCGGUUGAGCUGUCGACGGAGUCCGAGGACUCAAGCUCUGAUGAAGAAGACAUGGAGAUGCAGGAUUCGGACGCUGAUAAGAGACCCAGGCCGAUGCGGCCGAAGACGCUGAGAGUGUAG